CGGCGGGUUGCUAGGCAACUCGAUUCGCGCUGUCGCGAGCAGGGCGCCAUUUCGUGGUUCCUGGGACACGCGCGCGAGAGAGAGUCCGGUUAUUAAAAUUAAAAACUUAAUAAAGCUAAUGAGGAGGCGGCCAGGCGGCUGCAACGCGAAGAGCUCCGACACUUCCCCCGGGACACAGAGCGGCUCAACAGACCCAUCCACCCAUCUCCAGAUCCGCAGGCAGGCCGGGAUCGUUUCAUUGCUUUCAUCAGGCCGGAGCGAGGAGCCGCUGCUGCAGGGAGCGCGGUGAAACAUGACGCAGUUCCUUCCCCCGAACCUGCUGGCGCUCUUCGCGCCCCGGGACCCCGUACCGUACCUGCCCCCCCUGGAGAAACUGCCCCACGAGAAACACCACAACCAGCCCUACUCCGGGAUCGGCUCCUUCAUCAGACACUUUGAGGACCCUCGCGAUGCCCCGCCACCCACCAGAGCGGAAACGAGAGACGAGCGCUUGGAGAGAAAGAGACGAGAGAAGAUAGAGAAGAGACAGAGCGAUGUGGAGACAGAGUUGAAGCUGUGGGACCCCCACAAUGACCCCAACGCGCAGGGCGAUGCUUUCAAGACCCUCUUCGUGGCCCGAGUGAAUUAUGACACGACCGAAUCCAAGCUGCGGCGCGAGUUUGAGGUGUACGGACCCAUCAAAAGGAUCUACAUCGUUUUCAACAAGAGCUCCGGCAAACCUCGCGGCUACGCCUUCAUAGCUUCCAAUCAGGCAGCCGGCUCCGUGGCUGAGCCACAAUGGCGCCAGUUUCCUAACCCUGUUCAGCUCGGCUCGGUUCGGCUCGGCUCAGCUCAACUCCAGCAGAACGAGUUUCAACUCAAGAACCUGGACGCCCUGGCAGCCAUCCCGGCUCCAAUUUCUCCAUAG